AGUCGAACCACGCUCACCGCCUUUCUACAUUGUACCAUCAUGCCCUCUCAACAAGUAUUCGACUUGGGAACUGAAUCUGUCCAUUAUACGACUUCGAACGGAGCUCCCGUCUCCGAGCCGUAUGGAGCUCAAAGGGUUGGACUCCUUGGACCACUCCUUCUCCAAGACUUCCAUCAUAUCGAUCUGCUCGCUCACUUCGAUCGUGAACGCAUCCCGGAGCGUGUGGUGCACGCCAAGGGUGCUGGUGCUCACGGGUACUUUGAAGUCACGCACGAUCUGAGUGACAUCACCUCCAACCCCUUGCUUACAUCCGUGGGUAAGAAGGUGAAGACGACCGUUCGCUUCUCGACGGUUGGCGGAGAAUCGGGGUCAGCCGAUACUGCGCGUGAUCCCCGCGGAUUCUCUGUCAAGUUGAGGACGGAGCAAGGCAAUUGGGACUGGGUUUUCAAUAACACGCCCGUGUUCUUCAUUCGCGAUCCUGCCAAAUUCCCCCACUUCAUCCACACUCAGAAGCGCGACCCUCAGACUCAUCUGAAGGAUGCCGACAUGUUCUGGGACUACCUGGGCCAGAAUCCUGAGUCGAUUCACCAGAUCAUGAUAUUGUUCAGCGAUCGCGGCACUCCUGACGGAUAUCAUCAAAUGCACGGCUACUCAGGCCACACAUUCAAGUGGUUCAAGCAGGACGGUUCUUUCGUCUACACCCAGCUGCAUCUUCGCGUUCGCAAUGGAUUCAAGACCCUGAAUAAUAGCCAAGCCGGAAAACUGGCAAGCGAAAACCCCGAUUAUGGUAUUCAAUCGAUGUUUGAAGCCAUCGAAAGCAAGAACUAUCCGACUUGGGAUGUUUUCGUCCAAACGAUGACCCCGUCUCAAGCCGAGCAGUUCCGUUACAACGUCCUCGAUCUCACCAAAGUCUGGCCGCACAAGGAAUUCCCUCUCCGGCCGGUGGGCACGCUUGUCUUCGACGAGAACCCGCAAAACUAUUUUGCGGAGAUCGAGCAAGCGGCGUUUGCGCCGUCGCACCUUGUUCCCUACAUUGAGCCCAGUGCGGAUCCAGUGCUGCAGUCGCGCCUGUUCUCUUAUCCCGACACUCAUCGCCAUCGUCUCGGCGUGAACUACCAGCAGCUCCCUGUCAAUGCACCGAUCGUCCCAGUGUCCAACUUCCAGAGGGAUGGGGCGGCCACUUUUGUAUCACAGGGUGCCCGUCCGAACUACCAGAGCUCCAUUGCCCCGCUCCAGUACAAGGGUGCCCCUGGAACCCUCGAAGGCGGUGUCCGGGACCUGGGCCGCCAGGCCAAGCACGAGACGUAUCUCGGUGCUGCUGUGCGUGAUCUGAGCGAAGUCACCGAGCUCGACUUCGAGCAGCCUCGUGCGCUGUGGAGCAAAGUGUGGAAUGACGAGCAACGUGAGGCCUACGUGCAGAACGUCGCUGGUCACUUCGGUAAUGUCAAGAGCGCUACGAUUCGUGACCGUCAGCUGUCUGUCUGGGCCGCCGUCGACCAGGGUCUCUCUGACCGUAUCGCCAAAGCCAUCGGCGCUUCAUCUGUGAAGCCUCUCAAGGUCAAGCCCGCCAGCGAAGCGAUCAAGUUCCGGGCUAACAUCGGCGCCUUUGCUUGAGCAGGUAGCCACUACAAAGCCGAGAUUGUAAGAAAGUCGUGUAUCUGCGAAAUCUGUAAUCAGUAUGUAAAGCAAACCACUUCCCUGUCCGAGUCACGCAUGACUUCACCUAUAUUUGAGCGGCCCGACUUGGCCCGAUGCACUACUGUUUUGAUGCCAAACAACCCGCUUGUGACGAGCUUUGUCCACCAUGUUGAAGACAUCGAGCUCGUCGUCUGGCGCAGCCUUGAGGAGCGCUACCGGCCGCAUCAGGAACUUUGCGACAGUUGCAGACCCACCAGUUCGUCGCUAUGGAGGCCUCAAGGACCAAGACCGGAUCUUCACCAACGCCUUCUUACGCCAUGACUUUGGUCUCAAAGGCGCAAAAUCUCGUGGCGACUGGCAUCGCACCAAGGACAUUCUCCUCAAGGGCGACUCGUGGAUUAUCCAGCAAAUCAAGGACUCCGGCUUGCGAGGGCGAGGUGGAGCAGGUUUCCCCAGCGGUCUCAAAUGGAGUUUCAUGAACAAACCCAACUGGCAGGCCGACAAGCGUCCACGGUACCUGGUUGUCAAUGCCGAUGAAGGUGAACCCGGAACAUGCAAAGACCGAGAAAUCCUCCGUGGUGACCCGCACAAGCUUGUGGAGGGUUGUCUUGUCGCAGGCCGCGCCAUGAACGCCACCGCAGCUUACAUCUACAUCCGCGGUGAAUUCGUGCAAGAAGCGGACCAUCUCAGUCAGGCCAUCGCCGAAGCGUACAAGGAUGGAUUAUUAGGACCCAACGCUUGCGGGAGCGGGUACGCAUUCGAUGUAUACGUCCACCGCGGUGCCGGAGCCUACAUUUGUGGAGAAGAGACAGCUCUGAUUGAAAGUAUCGAGGGAAAACAAGGCAAGCCUCGUCUCAAGCCGCCUUUCCCUGCCGAUGUCGGUCUCUUCGGUUGCCCUACCACCGUGGCAAACGUCGAAACUGUCUCAGUCGCCCCGACUAUCUGUCGUCGUGGCGCAUCGUGGUUCGCUGGAUUCGGCCGUGAACGCAACCAGGGCACGAAACUAUUCUGUAUCAGCGGACAUGUGAACAACCCCUGCGUCGUCGAGGAAGAGAUGAGCAUCCCUCUGCGCGAAUUGGUCGAGAAACACUGUGGCGGUAUCCGGGGAGGUUGGGAUAAUUUGUUAGGCAUCAUCCCUGGCGGUUGCUCCGUCCCUGUUCUGCCCAUCAAGGACUGCGGAGAGGUCCUCAUGGAUUAUGACUCGCUGAAGGAUGCCGGCUCUGGUCUCGGUACUGGCGCUGUCAUCGUCAUGGACAAAUCGACGGAUAUUGUAGCUGCUAUCGCGCGCUUUUCUGCUUUCUACAAGCAUGAAUCAUGUGGCCAGUGCACACCUUGUCGCGAAGGGACUACUUGGAUGAUGAACAUGAUGAAUCGUAUGGUCGAGGGCCGGGGGCACCGCCGCGAGAUCGACAUGCUUUUGGAGCUAACCAAACAAGUCGAAGGCCGCACAAUCUGUGCCCUGGGAGAUGCCGCUGCCUGGCCCAUCCAGGGGCUCAUGCGUCACUUCCGACCAGAAGUUGAAGCCCGGAUCGACGCCUUCCGC